AGUCUAAAUACCUUGUCGAGUACUUCCGAUACAUUACGGUCAUAUUCCGUUACAGAUCUAGAGCUCUUUAAAAACCUCCAACAUAACGCGCUGACAUCCAAACACAUCGAUCCGGCAGGAAGAACAACAAUGUGGAACGAGCACCUGUACCUCGGGAUUAUUUUCGUGGUCAUCCAUUUGACAGCGUCUCAGCAGAUGAGAAGGAAAGAUAUCUUAGAUAGGCUUUUGAACAGUACGGAAUAUGACCCCAGAAUCGCUCCUGAUUUCGAGAAAGACUAUGCAACAGAAGUAGAUGUGCAGCUUUUUGUCAUUAACAUUAACUCAAUUAAUGAAAUGUCGAUGGAUUACAAACUUAACGUCUUCCUGCGGCAGAUCUGGAUAGAUCCACGUCUGGAUUUUUCUCAUCUAAGCAAUAUUGACAGUCUGGAACUGGAUCAGAGGCGUAUACAGGAUGUCUGGGUUCCAGAUACGUACUUUCAGAAUGAGAAAAGCGCAACUUUCCAUACAGUUACUGUUCCUAAUAAGCUCCUCCACAUAAAGAAUAAUGGACUUGUAACAUACAGUGUCAGGCUAUCAUUAACGCUAUCCUGCAUGAUGGAUCUGAGGUUUUACCCUAUGGAUGACCAGACAUGCUCCAUUCUAAUGGAAAGUUUUGGUUACUCUAUUGAAAACGUGCAUCUCAUGUGGAAUCCAGAUAAUGACGUCAUAAUUGGUGCUGCAAAAGAUGAUGAACAGACCUUGCCGAAGUUUUAUUUCUACAAACCAAUAGAAACUCUUGCGUGUUCGACAGUGAAUUCUUUCAAUGUGACAUUCUCAUGCCUUGAAGCCAAGCUGUUCCUCAGAAGAAACCUAGGUUACUACAUGUCACAAGUAUUCAUACCAAGCAUGCUGAUAGUCAUGCUUUCCUGGCUUUCAUUUUGGAUUCACGUGGAAGUGGUUCCUGCGAGAGUCUCACUUGGAGUCAUCUGCGUGCUUACCAUGACAACGCAGAGUUCCGGUUUAAGAAACUCUCUUCCCCGUGUUUCCUAUAUAAAGGCAAUAGAUAUCUGGAUGGCCAUUGGAUUAUUGUUUGUAUUUGCAGCGUUACUAGAAUAUGCUUACAUCAAUGUGCAGACAAGAAAACACCAUAAACAACCAAAGAACGACGAACUUCCGGAGAAAAGUGUGGACACAGAGCAUAAAAAGAAGAGAGUGGAUCUGAUGAAGAAGGCCCGCUUUGUGGACAAAGUCUCCAGAAUUGCCUUUCCUGUGGCAUAUGUGAUCUUUAACAUUGUCUUCUGGAGUGUGUAUUUAUCAAAGUAAAUAAAUUACAGUGAUGGAUGUUUAUACAGCCGAAAAUGACAUAAAAAGCGAGCCCUUAUAUUUGUAAUUUUUAUCACUACUGUUAUUGUGAAAACGAAUAGUUGAGAUUCGAGUCGGUCUUUCUACACCAAUCUCAUAAAGUAUGCUUUUUUUAUACUGAUUGUAUUACGACAUAAUUUAUUUUCAUUUUCAUUUUUAUAUAUCAUUAACUAAUAAAUGAAUAAAAAGUUGUUUUUCA